CCCUGUUUCUUGGCAAUACGUCGAAGUUCAACACCACAGACCCGCCAUUUAACGUCCUUCAGGUCCAGUGUGUCUGUCACUGCUCUACUCUCCACCGCUCAUAUAUGUCGUUUUGGGAGUUACUGGCAAUCAACCAAUAAUGUUUGUGUGAAAGCUUCUUUCCAUUCCAACGGCUGCUUCUCUGGAAACAGUUUAAAGUGAAACUAAAGUUUUCUCCUCACAGUGUCGGCAGAUUAUCAGGAGGAGGAAAGUGACAACUGGCUGUGAACUGAAUGUGUUUUUCAAGUGUUCGUUUAGUGAGAAGCAGAUUAAUGAGGACUUUGUGGUUGUUGUAGUUUUUACAGGAAGAUGAAGAUGUUUGUGGUGUUUGUGAUCCUCGUGCACGUUUCCCAGCAUGCCUCAGCUGUGGAGCUGUAUGAGGGGGAGAAGUUUGUCCUGCUGCCUUGUGAGUUUCAAACUUUUGAAAUGGACGACCCCACAGUGGUGUGGAGCCGCUAUGAUCUCAAUCCUCCAACAGUCCACCAGCGUCAGCAGGAAGGUGAUGAAUUUAUAUACCAAAACCAGCUUUACAGCGGCCGAACAUCCAUGAUGGCUGACGCUCUGGAAACUGGAGACCUCAGCCUCAAUCUGACAAAACUCCGCCUCUCUGACAGCGGCACCUACACCUGCACCGUCAGAGUGUUAGGAGGACAACGGAGAGUGAGAGAAGUACAGCUGCAGGUCAAAGUUUACCAGCAUGCCUCAGCUGUGGAGCUGUAUGACUGGGAUGAGUUUGUCCUGCUGCCCUGUGAGUUUCAAACUUUUGAACUGGACAACCCCACAGUGGUGUGGAGCCGCUACGAUCUCAAUCCUCCAACCGUCCACCAGCGUCAGCAGGAAGGUGAUGAACUCAAAGACCAAAACCAGCUUUACAGCGGCCGAACAUCCAUGAUGGCUGAUGCUCUGGAAACUGGAGACCUCAGCCUCAAGCUGACAAAACUCCACCUCUCUGACAGCGGCACCUACACCUGCACCGCCAGAGCAUCAGGAGGACAACGGAGAGUGAGAGAAGUACAGCUGCAGGUCAAAGAACGAUUUCCAUCCUGGGCCAAAGCUCUCCUGGUUCUCCUGGUUCUCAGUCUUAUUGUUGGGGGUCUUUUGGUGCGUUUUCGGCAGUAUUUCAUGUCAGUCUACCAGGUGGAGGUGGAUUCAGGGGUGGAGUCUGUCCUGCUGCCCUGCAAAACCACAGUUCACCUGCUUAAGCAGGUCAGAGUGGAGUGGACAGACAGAGACAACAGGAAGGUCCAUGUGUAUCAGAACGGCUCUGAUCAGCCUGAAGAACAGAACCAGUAUUACAGAGACCGAACAGAGAUGAAGAGAAACCUGCUGGAACCUGGAGACCUCAGUCUGACCCUGAAAUACCCCACAGACAGAGACAGAGGAACCUUCACCUGCACCGUCUACAACAGGGAGAGAAAGAUCCUGAUGAAGAAACAAGUGCUGCUCGAGGUCAAAGUCUACCAGGUGGAGGUGGAUUCAGGGGUGGAGUCUGUCCUGCUGCCCUGCAAAACCACAGUUCACCUGCCUGAGGACGUCAGAGUGGAGUGGACGGACAGUUACAGGAAGGUCCAUGUGUAUCAGAACGGUUCUGAUCAGCCUGAAGAACAGGACCAGGAUUACAGAGACCGAACAGAGAUGAAGAGAAACCUGCUGGGACCUGGAGACCUCAGUCUGACCCUGACAUACCCCACAUACAGAGACAGAGACACCUACACCUGCACUGUCUACAACAGGGAGAGAAAGAUCCUGAUGAAGAAACAAGUGAAGCUCAAGGUCCAAGUCUACCAGGUGGAGGUGGAUUCAGGGGUGGAGUCUGUCCUGCUGCCCUGCAAAACCACAGUUCACCUGCCUGAGGACGUCACAGUGGAGUGGACGGACAGUUACAGGAUGGUCCAUGUGUAUCAGAACGGCUCUGAUCAGCCUGAAGAACAGAACCAGGAUUACAGAGACCGAACAGAGAUGAAGAGAAACCUGCUGGAACCUGGAGACCUCAGUCUGACCCUGAAAUACCCCACAUACACAGACAGUAAGACCUACACCUGCACCGUCUACAACAGGAAGAGAAAGAUCCUGAUGAAGAAACAAGUGAAGCUCUGGGUCAAAGUCUACCAGGUGGAGGUGGAUUCAGAGGUGGAGUCUGUCCUGCUGCCCUGCAAAACCACAGUUCACCUGCCUGAGGACGUCACAGUGGUGUGGACGGACAGAGAAAACUGGAAGGUCCAUGUGUAUCAGAACGGCUCUGAUCAGCCUGAAGAACAGAACCAGUAUUACAGAGACCGAACAGAGAUGAAGAAAGAGGAACCUGGAGACCUCAGUCUGACCCUGAAAUACCCCACAGACAGAGACAGUAACACCUACACCUGCACCGUCUACAACAGGAAGAGAAAGAUCCUGAUGAAGAAACAAGUGAAGCUCAAGGUCAAAGUCUACCAGGUGGAGGUGGGUUCAGGGGUGGAGUCUGUCCUGCUGCCCUGCAAAACCACAGUUCACCUGCUAAGGCACGUCACAGUGGAGUGGAGGGACAGUGACAACAGGAAGGUCCAUGUGUAUCAGAACGGCUCUGAUCAGCCUGAAGAACAGAACCAGGAUUACAGAGACCGAACAGAGAUGAAGAGAAACCUGCUGGAACCUGGAGACCUCAGUCUGACCCUGAAAUACCCCACAUACAGAGACAUUGACACCUUCACCUGCACUGUCUACAACGGGGAGAGAAAGAUCCUGAUGAAGAAACGAGUGAAGCUCUGGGUCAAAGUCUGUCAGGUGGAGGUGGAGGAGGGGGCGGAGUCUGUCCAACUGCCCUUCAAGACCACAGCUGACCUGCCUGAGGACGCUACAGUGGAGUGGGUCCGCAUUGAACCCAAACCCACAACGACAGUCCAUGUGUAUCAGAACAGUUCUGAUCAGCCUGAAAUACAGAACCAGGAUUACAGAGACCGAACUGAGAUGAAGGAAGACCUGCUGAAAACUGGAGACCUCAGUCUGACCCUGAAAUCCCCCAAAGAGAGAGACACAGGAAGAUACGGCUGCAACGUCUACAGCAGGGGAAACUUACUGAGAGCGAAAACAGUGCAGCUCACAGUCAGAGGGAGAACCAGGAACAGAAGCAGCUCCAUUGAUCCAACUCCUCUGAUGGCUGAUCAAUCUGUUUGAUUGGUCUGUUGAUCAAUCUUUGAUUAUUGAUCUUGUUGAAGGGGCUCAAAGGAAGAGAAUGUCAACGUUCAGCUUUCAGUGUUUCCUCUCUUCAUCGUCUGAAUGAACCUGCAGUCCAUACUGUGAUUGAUUGAUUGAUUGAUUGAUUGAUUGACUGAUUGAUUGACUGAUUGAUUGAUUGAUUGGUCUCAUGUAGCUCUAUAAUGUUUCUCUGAUAUUUGUGUAUUCAGCUUCUAUACAUAUAUAUCUGGCUGUGUCUCAGGAGGUAGAGCGGGUCGUCCACUGAUCAGAAGGUUGCUGGUUCGAUCCCCCGGCUCCUCCCGCUGCAUGUCGAAGUGUCCUUGAGCAAAAUACUGAACCCCAAACUGUUCCUGAUGCUGAAUCACUGUAUGAAUGUGUGAAUGAAUGAAUGAAUGAAUGAGUGAAUGUGGCCUGCUGUGGAGACGCUGGCCUCACUCGUCUCCUCUCUCCUCCUCCUGAGUCAGGUUGGCGAGUGGUGAUGUAUCCUCGGUUCCCACAUUACAAUCUGUGACAGUAACUUACAAUGUGUAACUGAGUCCACUGGGACCAGUUUGCCUUAAUCCAAUAUAUAUUUUAAUCUUUUUGUAUUACAGUUCUGCACAAAGGUGCUUUAUAAAUAAAGUUCUGAUUGAAUUCAGUCUGCUCUCAAUAAAAAGUCUUCUUAGAAAUCAA